AUGGAGGCGCUGGUCAACACUGUGCUGCUGGCUGCACACCCGAGCCUUCGCGAGCGCUGCAACGCCGCAAAGGUCGUGUCGGUCCUCGAGGAGCUCGGGGCGUACGACUCGUCCGCACUGCGGUCACUCCUCUCGUCGUUCACCGACACCGUCGCACACAAGCUGAAGGAGGAGGAAGCAGCACCGCCAGCUCUGGUCGCCGCGCUGGCGACGCAUGUCGACUCGGGCAGCCUAUCAGAGCCUCAGAACAUCGGCGGCGCGAUGGACGCGACAGCUGCAACCUCCUCCUCGAGCAGCGCCGCCGCUGCUGUCACCCCGAGGACGGUGAAGGCGAAGGCCGGCGGCGGCAAGCAUAGCACGCUGCAGCAGAAGUCGAUCGGCGCGUUCUUUGCUGGUGGCACCAGGACUACGUACGCGACGCUGCCGGGCAUAGGCCGUCAGAUCAGAUCCGUUACCUCGCUCACGCCCGAGCAGCUGCAGGCUGUGGGCAAGGCGCCCGAGAAGUUCACGUCGUGCGCCAAGGGCUGUGGGCAGACAUUCUUGCACGGGCCUGCGCGCGUUGCGCACGAAAAGUUCUGCAGCGGGCGAGAAGAAGGGCAUGAAACACUCGCUCUACUUUAA